AUGCCCCGCAAGCAAUGUCUACAGCAGUGUCCCCACGGUACAGACAAGCCCAACUGCAGCACAAGUCGUCUUGAGCGUCGACAUCAAGUCUGCCUACGACAGAGCCCAGCAUGCACGUCUCAUCGGCGUGCUGAGAGAGAUGUGGUUCCGUUCCCGGAAUGGAUCAUCCACUUUAUCUGGCAGUUUCUUCAAGACCGGCGCAUUCUGUUCGAGAUAAACGGGGAAAAGUCCAAGGUGUUCCAUGUGAACGUCGGGAUCCCGCAAGGCAGCCCUCUGUCGCCCAUUCUCUUUCUCCUGUUCUCUUCCGACAUCCUCCAAGGGCUGAAGGACCGCAAUGCCUUUCGCUUGAACGCCGAGGCUUUCAGCUUCGGUUAUGUUGAUGACCACUAUCUCGUGGUUUCCUCUCCCUCCUACCAGAGGAAUUGCGAUGCUCUCGAGAUCAUGCACAAGGCCUUGAUGGGGUGGGCCAAGAAAACCGACACGCUCUUCUCACCUGCAAAAUACGCCGUGAUGCACUUCCGAGGCCCAGAUGCAGAAGAUGAAGUCUGUCAAUUGGUCCCUAAAAUCGAGGGCCUACCGAGCGACGUAAGGACUGUUCUGAAGACCGAACUCAAAAUUCUUGGGGUCACCGUGGACCAUAAGCUCAGUUGGAAAAAUCAUAUUGGCGAGAUUGACUCCAAGGUGGCGCGUAGCCUGGCGUACUACCGACGCAUAGCCGGGCCGUCGUGGGGGGCAAGCCUUGACAACAUGCGCAGGAUAUACCUCUCCAAUAUCCGGCCCAUCAUAUCCUAUGCUUGCGGGGCCUGGUUCAUCCGCGGUACCGGCCUGCGCCACCAGCUGACCAAGGCGGACCAGAGGAAACUCGAAUCGAUCCAGAGCGGGUGCCUCGCGCAGAUGUCCGGCGCCCUCCGCACAACGUCCAGCGACGUGGUCCGCAAAGAGUUGAACAUCGAGCCCAUCUGCGCGUUCCUUGAGCGGAUGGCGUUGGCGCACCGGGCUCGAUCGGCCGAGACGCCAUUCUACCAGAAGCUACGGGAUACCAUGCGGACGCCUAUCCCCGGCAUCCCGUUCCGCCAGGUGGGCGACUCGUACAUCGACAGGAACCCCUACGCGAUACUCUUCGACAAGGCGGAGCGCCUGUCUCGAGAAGCACGGGACCAGGGAACGGCCCAUCUGGAGGGCGAGGACGACCAGAGCUGGACCCCAAGGCAGAGACACCGCCUCAUUGGCCGGCUGGCCGAGAAGAUGAGCCAGGGCGCCGCCUCCGACGGGUGGGACGAGUACCGCGACGGCUGGAAGCCUCACCACCAGCGCGACAAGCGCAGCCAGCCCGUCCCCAGGGAGCGCCCGCUGGUUCUGGAGGAGAAGUGGGGCCCUCAGAGCUACAAGCUCUACAAGGGGCUCUCACGGGCGCAGAGCACGAUGCUGCUUCAGUGCAGGACCGGCUGCAUCGGCCUGGCGGCAUACCUCUUCAGCAUCAAGGCCGAUCCUGACAAUGUCUGUCCCUGGACCACACUACCCCUGGCGUGCGUGUGCCUCAGCCAAGCUAACAGCUGCAAUGCUUUUCAGAUCACGUCGCCAUCGUGCCCGUGCGGCAAAGGCCUCCAGACCGUUACGCACAUGUUUCUCUACUGCCCGCGCCUGGAGAACGCGCGGGCCCAGCUGAUCCGCGAGACAAUGAACAGCAACCUCAAGGCAUGGCUCACUCGCGACGCGGCCUUAGCCACGGACUGGGCGAUUCGCCAUUUCGGCAUCCCCUCCUUCGAGUGGGCGCGGAGCAAGAUUAUGCAGCUGUCGGCAUACGGCACAGCACCAGUCCUAUUCCUCCUUCCUUCCCUGAAGACGCUUGACCGUCUUCCUCAGGUAUUCCAGCCACGGCUGGCAUUUCUUGAUGCUGAAGAGGUGGUCGAGGUUUGGGUCGUCGGGUUGCAUCUCUUCAAGGACAACCAGGCUCUCAAGCGGCUCUGUAAUGUCGACAGUCUCCAGUAG